AUGCAAGCCUGGGCACCUGGAACGUCCAUAAGGGAUCUGCCUGGAAAACUACCGCCAGACAACAUCCCAAACAAUGUCAACCUCCAGCUGUUUUCGAGUCUGGCUUCAAAUGCUCUCACCACCCUGAGGCCGGACAUGCUGACAGAUUGGGCGUUGUGGCUGGAUCUGCUCGCGAAGACUCACAAGGUCCAGACGCACUCAAAGCAGAUCGCCCAAACCUGGUCGGAUACUCUUCCUCUGCGCGAUCUCCGGAUAGGACGCACUAGGACAGUCAGAUUGCUUCGGAGUUCGUGGGUCGCGGUUGACUAUGCUUUCCGGGUGCGUCAUGGCUCUCUCAGUGGCAAUGGCUCCGGCAUGGUCGGUUUCACCCUAGAAGAAGGACAGUGGCGCAUUUGGAUGAUUUCAACCGUCCUGGAGAAUUACGAGGGCCACGGUAACCCAGACAAAUCGAUUACUGGUAAGCCACUCAGUCACCCCAGCUGGACUGUGAUUAUGACAACCAUAGUAGAGAACUCUCAGGGGCCCGACAAGCCCGUGAUCGGUCGACCGUUGGCGUCCAAAUAUACUGUUGUGAUCGUGGGUGGAGGUCAGAGUGGUCUCUCUCUGGCAGGACGUCUGCAGGCUCUCGGUAUCGACUAUGUCGUCUUGGAGAAGUCUCACACGGCAGGCUACAGAUGGAUCUCUCGUUACGAUACAGUACGCCAGCAUAGUUUCCGGGAGCUCAAUAACUUGCCAUUUGGCUCCACGUGGGAGGAGUCGGAAGACGAAUUUCUCCCGGGCGCCCGCGUGGUUGAAGGGUUCCGCCGUUUUAUUGAGAAACAUCUCAUCCAUCUGCGCACCCAUGCCGAAGUCACUUCUUGCGUGCGCGAUGGCGCUCACUGGAAUGUCACUGUCAAUGGUCAGGUGAUCAGCGCGCUUCACGUCGCCUUCGCUCUCGGUGCUGGUCUCACGCAGCCACGGCGCCCGACCUGGCCGGAUGAGAUAACGUUCACUGGCACGUUGAUGCAUAUGGUCGACUUUAAAAACAGCAGGCCAUGGUCAGGCCAGCGUGGUGUGGUGAUUGGAACCGGGACCGCUGGCCACGACGUCGCACAAGACAUGUACAACCACGGGAUGGACGUUACCAUGAUCCAACGCAGCAAGACUGCGGUCUAUCCCAUGGAAUGGUAUGCACAAGCGCAGCGUGCAGGCUACAAAUGGGGUCAUCCUAACGAGUAUCCGGAUCGAAUCGCCAUGGGGAUGCCAACAAAGGUGGCUGGCGAGCUGCAGCGGGCGAGCUAUCAAGAGUAUGUGAAAACGCAUCAGGAGUACUUUGAGAAGCUGGAGCGGGCAGGGUUUCGCGUCGAUAUGGGCGAGGAGCGUGACGUGAUCCCGAACGAGAUUGUGUUGAACCACUUUGGAGGUUACUACAUAGAUAUUGGGACGUCAAAGCACAUCCAAGACGGUGAGAUUAGAGUGGUCAACGGGCUCAUCGAGCGAUUCAGUCCCAGCGGUAUCGUGGUGCAGGGUCAGGAGAUCAAGGCCGAUGUGAUUGUGCUGGCGACAGGCUACGAACCCGACUACCGGAAGGACCUUGAAGCGUUCCUGGGACCCAUGGCAAGGCAGUUGCCUAUCAUCUGGGGUUUGUCCGAAGAGGGCGAUAUCAGAGGGUUUUGUGAAGAGAGUGGUGAGUUCCCUCAUCUUUCCAUGGCGAUUACUUGCUGA